AUGGCGAAUAUUGACAAGGCUGAGGAAGUUCAUGAGGAACAGAUUUCGAGUAAUACUCCCGAGGCGGAGAAGUUCGAGGUCGACAAUGUCCGCAACGAUGAAGCAUUGAAAGUUAUCGCUGCUUAUGGUGGUCCAUCAACUUGGGAGCCUCUGGAGGAGAAGAAGCUGCGGAGGAAGAUCGACAGGCGUCUGCUGCCCAUUCUCUGCGUAACAUACGCUAUGCAGUACUAUGACAAAGGUAUGAGUCGUGAACAGGCCAUUUUCGGACUCCGUGAGGACCUGCAGUUGACAGGAAACCGCUACUCAUUUGCGGCCGCCAUAUUCUUCCUGGGGUUUAUCGCCGGUGCAUACCCAGCUUCUCGAUUGGCACAGAGAUAUCCUGUCGAGCGAGUUGCCGGAGGCUUGGUCUUCGUCUGGGGUACCUGUUUCAUUCUCACGCCAGUAUGCACGAGCUAUAAAGGCCUAUACGCUCAGCGAUUUUUUUUGGGUGCUCUCGAGGCUGGCAUUAGUCCAAUUUUUAUGCUUGUCGUCGGCCAAUUUUACAAGAAGGACGAGCAAGCUCUCAAGAUCGGGAUUUGGUUUUCGGCCUCGUCUUUCGUCUCGUUUAUUGGUUUCCCAAUAAACUGGGGCUUAGGCCAUAUCAAUGGAUCUCUCAAGCCCUGGAAAUACAUGUACCUGGUUGGUGGUGCCAUGACCAUAUCGUGGGCGUUCGUCAUCUUCUUUUUCAUGCCACCGGAUCCAAUCCGAGCCAAAGGUUUGACUGACAGAGAAAGAUAUAUCGCUGUCGCACGGUUACGAGUCAAUAACGCAGGCGUCCGAAACCUUCAUUUCAAGAAAGCACAUGCCCUAGAAUUGGUGAGAGAUGAGAAGUUUUGGCUUGUCAUGGCCAUGGGUUACCUCAGUAUGAUCGCCGCUGGCCCUGUGAAUGCCUUUGUUCCUCUCAUUGUAGCUGUCGGUUUCCAAGUUGGCGUAUUCAAGACUCUCCUCUAUCUUUCACCUGGAGGAAUCUUUAUUGGUAUCUGCAUCGUUGGUACCACCUUUUUGGCCUAUAAGGUGAAGAAUGCGAGGUGCUACAUAAUUUUUGUUGCUCAGUUGGUCACAGUUGUAGCAGCAAGCCUUUUAUGGAAGCUGCCAACUAGUAACCUGGGCGGCCUUCUCUUUGCCUGCUACAUUCUGCCUGGUUUCACUUGUGCAUGGGGUUUGUUGAUGGGUCUUUCGAUUGCCAAUGCCGCUGGUUAUACUAAGCGAGUCAUCAGCUCGUCCGGAAUCCACUUGGGAUACUGCCUAGGCCAAUUCACUGGACCUCUCCUCUACAAAGACAAAGACGCGCCUCGAUAUGGUCCUGGCUUUCAGGCUGUCGUGGGUACUGCAGUUGCAUCUGCAGUUUUAUCCCUAGUGUACCGAUCCAUUUGCGUCUGGGAAAAUAAGCGUCGUGAUGAAGCAGGUAUCAGCGAGGCAUAUGAGCAUGCCUACGAUGACGAUGUGACUGACAAAAAGAAUCCUCAAUUCCGGUACGUAUACUAG